GCAAAGUUGAACCUGUUUGGUGAAGCGAAGCGUCGCGUUUAGCCCUAUUGAUAUAUUAACUCAUAGGCUGAACCGCUAUUAUCUGCCCCACCUUACUAAAAACUUUCAAUGACUUGAGUAAAGCCACCACCCAGCCACCACCCAGAGGACUUUAUCCGAGCACGUCUGCCAGAUUAAACAGUGUGCUGGAAUCCACAGUCUCUAAUUCAACCAAAGCAGAAUUACGUUAGGAUGUACCGACACGCUGUUCUCUGCGUCUGCCUGACGGUUUUGGUGCUGUUUCCAUGCAGUGAGUCGUGUGAGCUGAGGCCUGUUCAUGCUCUUGUGCCGAAGACAAUACCUGCCGGUUAUAUUAUCUCGAAAGGAACAAAAGAAUUAAAUCUCCAAGGUUGUGGGCUCAGACCUGUGGCCUUCACUUCGAGCGACCCUGACUUUGCUGUAAACACAGAUGGCACCAUCAUCACACUCCGUGGUAUGAGGAUCACCACAAAGCACUUUGCUGUACAUGUGAAGGAUGAGAGUGGUUAUGAUUGGAGGGUGGAUGUUAUCCUAACAUGUAAAGAUGAGGCCUCACAGAAAUCUGGCAACGUGGUUCACAGGCGUUUCAAGAGAAGAUGGAGGCCUUUGCCUUUUGCUAUUAUCGAAAAUGACAGUCCACCUUUCCCAAAGGAUGUUGAGACGAUUGCAUCUGACUCUUCGGUAAAUUACACUGUGUAUUAUGAGAUCAGUGGGCCAGGUGUUACUACAGACCCUGUUGGUCUCUUCACGUUGGACAGGGACACUGGCAUGAUCCGUGUGAACAGGGCUGUUGACCGUGAACAGUAUCCACAGUUUGUUUUUAAGGCUCAAGUGUUUGACAGACGGACCCAACAGGAAACAGAUCAAUUUCUCCCCAUCACUGUUAAUGUAGAGGAUAAGAAUGACAACGCCCCUCAGUUUGUCGGAAGUCUGUUUUUCACCGUGCAAGAACGCUGUAGUGCAGGUACUAUCGUAGGGAAAGUAAAUGCCACAGACAGAGAUCUGGCCAAAACCCAUCAUACCUUAAUAAAGUACACUCUUCUCAAUGCUACCGACAUGUUCCUCAUCGAUGGUUUUACCGGAGUAUUAUCUGCUAAAUCCAACAACCUAGACAGAGAGGCUCAGGAGAAAGUCUAUGUUGGCAUUGAGAUAAAAGAUAUGGGCGGUGCUCCAGAUGGACUCUCUAACAAGGGAACUGCCGUGGUUACUCUCACAGAUAUUAAUGAUAACCCUCCCACUUUUAAAGAGAAGUUGUAUAAGGGCCAGGUGACGGAGAACCAGCAAAAUGUGCUAGUUCUUAGGAUCCCUGUGGAGGAUAAGGACAUGAUAAACACCCCCAGCUGGAAGGCCCUGUAUGAGGUCAGCAAGGGAAACGAGAGCGGGAACUUCAGGAUGGAGACAGACCCCAAAACCAACGAGGGGCUUCUGUAUGUCAUAAAGCCAUUGGAUCAUGAAAAAACUCCUCUGGUGAAGCUUGAGGUAACUGCCCGUAAUGAAGCUCCGUUGGUUGGGACUUCAGCCACCUGGCAGUCUGUGCCGGUGGAGCUCACUGUAGGAAAUGAGGACGAGGGUCCGGAGUUCACCGCCCCCAUUCUACGUCUCAAGGUCAAGGAGAACCUUCCAAAUGGAACCGUUAUUGGAACGUAUGCAGCUUUGGACCCAGAGACCAAAAGCAGCAAUGGAAUAAAGUACUAUAAGUUGACCGACCCUGGAAACUGGAUCACAGUGGUUGAGAACACUGGAGAACUGAAAGUUGCCAAUACUAUAGACCGCGAAUCACCUUUGGUCUCCAACGAUCUUUACAACAUAAGCGUCAAAGCAGUGGAUGAAAGUAAGAAGAUCGGAAAGGGAAUGGUUAUACUCCAGAUUGAAGACAUGAAUGAUAACAUGCCCGUUAUUCCGGGUUCGGAGCUGAUCAUGUGUAGUCGGGGUGAUACGCUGAGCUCAGUUCUCGUCGAGGGUGUGGACAAAGAUCAGUCACCUUACUCGACUCCAUUCAUUUUUGAACUCGGAGCAGAGCAUGAUGGAAAAUGGAAACUGAAGGAUGCCACAAGCUCCUCUGUGGUGCUGGAACAGGCUGUACACAUGCCCAACGGUCUGUACACUGUACCGCUGUUAGUAAAAGAUCUGCAGGGAUUAGGGGAGGCGCAGACUGUGAAUGUGCGAGUUUGUUCCUGUGAGAGGGAGGUAGACGGGGUGGGAGUGUGCGGAGCGCGAAGUGCCUCAUCUUCUCUGGGGAGCUGGGGCAUCCUCGCUUUAGUCCUCUCUGGCCUGCUGCUGCUGCUGUUGUGUUUGUUGCUAAUCUUCUUCUGCAGCACUAAGAGAGAGAAGGUUGCCCUAAAUGAUGAUACAGGAACGGGCGGAAUGCUGCUUAAAUCCAACACUGAGGCACCUGGUGAAGAAGUGAAAGACGGAGCGUUCAUGACGCUGGCCGGGGCGGACGGAUUGGACGGGUCGGUCAAUGGCAUCAUGGCGGACAUUAAGAAUGUGGGUUUGGCUGGGGGUCACUAUAGCCAGCAGUUUGGCCAGGGCGGAGGCGUCUACAACAACACCACUCAGGAGUUUGGGACAGAGAAGUACUACUUAUCUGGACGUCAUAAUGGCAGUCUCUAUGGCGCCAACACCACGUACCAGAAGUAUGGAAACGUAAACACUCUCGACACGUGGAGAUCGAAUAAAAACUACCUGGACAGGAAACUGGCUUACUUGGGAGAGGAGGAGGACGGGCGGUAUGCAGAUGAUCUGCUGAAGACUUAUGGGAAUGAGGGGAUGGGCUCUCCUGCAGGUUCUGUAGGAUGUUGUAGCAACCUGGGUGAACAUGAAACCAUGGACUUUUUAAACACUCUCGGACCCAAGUUUAGACCACUGGCUGACGUCUGCUACACGACAACUAAUACCAAGAAAUGAUUGGGACAGGGGAAGUACUUUAUGCUGGAUGUCCUGGACCUUUGAACCCCAAUGCAAAAUAUGUUCAGCAAUAUUAUUGUGUAUUUGCCAGAAACGAUAUCUAAACAUUGUUCAAUAAGAUAAAGUCACUUGAGAAGCAAAAUUGAGAUGAUAUAGCAAGAUGUUUUGUUUUACACUUCAAUAAACAGUAUUAGAUAUAAUUGUAAUAUAUGUAUAUAUAUAUAUAUAUAUAUAUAUAUAAUACUGUAUAAUAUAUAUAGAUAUAAUAGGUAUAAAAUCAUAAUUGUACUACCAUGAAGAUCUGGAAACAAGAUAUAUUAUUUUUGCUAUUCAAGUUAAUCUGUACUGUUUAGAUAUUUUGUUUCCAUCUUUAUAUAGAAGCAAAACCAAUGGUGAAGACAGUUAGUUUUAGGAAUGCUGGAUGAAAAUGCGAGUGAGUGUGUGUUGCCUUUUGUUUGAGUGUGUAACUGUGUUACAAGCCUAAUAAUUAUUUGCUGUGGAUCUGCUUUGCACAUCUUUUCCUCACAGAGCUGAGAAGAGACAUUAGUCCUUCCCUGUUCAAAUGAAAUUCUCAGCUGUGUGAAGUAUUACCUGAGUCUGUAUUUGCAAGAUGAGAAUGAAUGCAAACACGUGGCCAACGUGUGGAAUUUCGAACAUUUAACAGCUCAGAAAGCACUGACAUAAAGACUCAGAAUUCAUCCUGUGCGGUAUUACUGUAGCUUUUUUAACUUUUUGUUUGUAACUUUAAUUCUGUGUAGUUGCGAUGGGUUUAUUUCAGUUCUCAAAACCAAAUCUUUUGUAUGUAAAAUGUAAACCACUGUACAUGAAUACAAUGCUUUAAAUGAAGAGAAAGGUUAAAGAAUAGGUAAUAUCGGGAAAAACAACACAAGAAUAUAUCUGUUUUUUGCUAUUUUCAUUUUGUUUUAGCUGGACUUUUGUUGUAUUUGCUGUAAAUGGUAUCAAUAACAUUAUUCAUUCAUGUUGUGGGGAGUUAGUAAGGGAUGUGUUUUGUAAAUAUUUUAAUAAAAUUGUUUACAGACCUUA